GAGGCAGCAACGAUGACCAUGUCGAACGGCGCGCCCACACUUCGACUACUCUUUCUCCCGCGCUCGCACCCUCCCCUCCCCUUCACCCCACCAUGAGGUUCGUCUCGCUGGCAACCCUGAUCACGCUCUCGACCUGGCUUGCGCUGGGCAGUGCUGCACCGCUCGAGGGAAGCGCUGUAGGCGAUCUCUACGCUCGCGCGGCGGCAAGCACCAAAAGCUGCACAAAAAGCGCUCAGUGCAGCUCGGGAAACUUUUGCAAUCGCAACAAGUGCGCCCCUCUGGCUCCUGUUGGAGCAGGCUGCUACAAAAACUCGGGUUGCUCUGCGCCCGGUAUAUGUUUCAACAGCAAAUGCCUCGGUAAUAGCGCCAAGUGAGCUUCUCUUUCGCCUUGCGUGUCGAGGCUUCGGCUCCCCGCUGACGUUGCGCUACACAGACCCUCGGGCGCGCCUUGCCGUGCCAGUACUGAAUGCACCAGCGCUUAUUGCGGCUACUCGACGUGUCGAGUCAAGGCUGCGAGUGGUGCUUCUUGCUACAAAGAUGUCGGUUGCGAGUCGGGAAAAUGU